UGUGCUAAUGUAACCCAAAUACACUUCCUGUGUAUUCAUAAUGAUCACUUUCUCUAUCUUGCAGAUAAUUCGUGAAGCACCAAAUGCAGACUUGGUGAGUGAGAGGUCCUUGGAAAUUACAGUUAUGGUACAUAAUUAUUGAAAAGGAACUCCAUUCCUUGGUCUUGUUGGGAACUUCUGAGGACCGUCGUUCAUUUUAUUUUGCUAUUCUUCCAAAUGGAGGAAAUGUCCUUCGGAUCCUAAGUAGGAUUGAGUAUUGUACAUAGAACAUCCUGUGGAAAUGGAAGCUGAAGGAUCAUCAUCAUUGCUGCUACUCAAAGAAGAGAAGGAGGAUCUGGAGGAGGGUCCAAAUGAAAACACAGGGGAAGGCUCUUCGUUUGCAGACCCCUUCUUGGAAGUCAAGGCAGAACCAGAAUUUUUUGACUAUGGUGAAUUUGAUGUGAACUGUUCUUCCCAACCUAAUAUUAAGUGUGAAAAUGACAGCUCUCCAAGCUGUGAUGAUGAGAGCGGAAAGGAAAAGAUCUGUAUUGGAGGAGAAAAUGAACAUUUGGGUAGAAGAAGUAAAACGGCAAGGAAGCGAUUAACUUGUACUGAAUGCCAAAGGACAUUUUCAAAAAUUUACGGGCUGAAAUGCCACAUGAGAACUCAUACGGGAGAGAAACCAUAUACUUGCUCUACAUGUCAAAGAAGUUUUUCUCAUAAAUGUUAUUUGAAAAAACACAUGAGAACUCAUAUGGGAGAGAAACCAUAUAUUUCUGGUUCAAGUACUCUCAAACGUCACAUGAGAACUCAUACAGGAGAGAAACCUAUACUUGCUCUGUAUGCCAAAAAGUUUUUUCUAAAUCAAGUGAUCUCAAAAUUCACAUGAGAACUCAUACAGGAGAGAAACCAUAUACUUGCUCUAUAUGUCAAAGAAGUUUUUCUCGUCAAGGUAAUCUCAAAGUACACAUGAGAACUCAUACGGGAGAGAAACCAUAUACUUGCUCUACAUGUCAAAGAAGUUUUUCUCAUAAAUGUUAUUUGAAAAAACACAUGAGAACUCAUACGGGAGAGAAACCAUAUACUUGCUCUACAUGUCAAAGAAGUUUUUCUGUUUCAAAUGCUCUCAAAUAUCACAUGAAAACUCAUAUGGAUGAGAAACCAUAUACUUGUCCUAUAUGUCAAAGAAUUGUUUAUGGUUCAAUUGCUCUCAAAUAUCACGUGAAAACUCAUAGGGGAGAGAAACCAUAUACUUGUCCUAUAUGUCAAAGAAGUUUUUAUGGUUCAAAUCCUUUCAAAUAUCAUAUGCAAACUCAUAUGGGAGAGAAACCAUAAAGUUGUCCUAUGUGUCAAAGAAGUUUUUAUGGUUCAAAUCCUUUCAAAUAUCAUAUGCAAACUCAUAUGGGAGAGAAACCAUAAAGUUGUCCUAUGUGUCAAAGAAGUUUUUAUGGUUCAAAUGCUCUCAAAUGUCACAUGAGAGCUCAUACGGGAGAGAAACCAUAUACUUGCUCUGUAGGUCAAAAAAGUUUUCUAAUUCAAGUACUCUCAAAUGUCACAUGAGAACUCAUAAGGAGAGAAACCAUAUACCAGUUCUACAUGUCAACGGCGUCAAUGACCUUCGAUGUCAGGAUGCCAGAAAACUUCCAAUCAUUCAUUCAUUCUACAUGUCAAAGAAGUUUUUCUCAUCAAUGUGAUUUCACAAAACACAUGAGAACUCAUAUGGGAGAGAAAUCAUAUACUUGCUCUACAUGUCAAAGAAGUUUUUCUGGUUCAAGUACUCUCAAACAUCUCAUGAGAACUCAUACGGGAGAGAAACCAUAUACUUGCUCUGUAUGCCAAAAAGGUUUUUCUAAUUCAAGUACUCUCAAAUGUCACAUGAGAACUCAUAUGGGAGAGAAACUAUAUACUUGCUCUGUAUGUCAAAAAAGUUUUUCUGAUUCAAUUGCUGUCAAUUAUCACACGAAAACUUAUACGGGAGAGAAACCAAUGUAUUCUGUCCUAAUCUCAUCCUGUCCGUCACCCUUACUAACCUUCUUUCCCUUAGUCUUCUUUUCCUCAGCCACUUUCUUAUUCUUGUCUUCAGGUUUAUCCUUACCCUGUGUCUUCCCCUUCUUUCCCUUACCUAUCACAACCGAAUCACCUUCUUCACUCGUACACUCAUCCACUCGCUCUUUCGCUUCCUUUACCACUCCUGGCCCGUCACAAGACCCAGUAGGCCUACCUCCUACAGCUCCCUCUCCCACGAAUCCCUUCAUCAUUUCCUGCAUCAUCUCUUGCACUGCAUUCAUCAUUACCCCAAAUUUUUCGUCCAUUUUCUCAACCAUUCUCUCUUCCGCUCCUUUCACCUCUUCUUUCAUUUCCACUUUCGCACUCCUUAGCAUUCCUCUCAUUUCCUCUAACUCGCUCUUCAGCUCCUCACACUCUACCCUCAACCUCUCAUUCUCCACUUCCAACCUUCCCUUUGCUUCCCUCGCCAACCGUAACUCCUCCUUCAGCCUCUCUGUCUCCUUCAACCCUUCCAUCCUCACUUAUCCACCAAUCACACAACUCACUACCCAAUUGCCCUGUAGCUGCCGCACCAACAGUCCCUGUUCGGGCGCCAAAAAAUAAUGUGGCGGGAUCACAAGCUAAAAUAAGAACAAGUGGCAAAAAAUCCGCCCCCACACAUUAACCUAAACGAUCCACCUGCCAAAAUGCACCCUCAGCCACACUUUCUUCUUUACACAACAAAUACACGCAGGACAAUUGACCUACACCUAUACAAAAACAACACAAAACACACGUACUUACCAACACUCCAGAUACUCCGGGCUAUCCUGUGCUGUCCACUGGUUGAGGUCACAGAAAUACCAACAACACAAAAAAUCACAUAUAACAACAAAACACAACAAAAGACCACUGCACAAACAACACAACAUCACAGGCACAACAACUCUAAGCGAAAAAAAAAAACACUAACUUAACAGCAACUAUACAACAACAAAACAAAACACAAAACUCAACCAAUUUCCAAUGCCUCCAAAUAACUGUCCGACACUACUAACUCUCACCAGCUCUCACCAAAGACUAACUUAAGACUGACCGAAAACUCUCACUCAAAACACAGACCUCUAACAGCAAACAGCCCAGAACCUAUCGACAACCAAUUCAGUCAUUAACCAUCCAUACAGCAAUUACACACACUCUCUCUCUCUCUCUCUCUCUCUCUCUCUCUCUCUCUCUCUCUCUCUCUCUCUCUCUCUCUCUCUCUCUCUCUCUCUCUCUCUCUCUCUCUCUCUCACACAGACGUUGUCAAAUGGAACUUCAUAACUCCUCCAUAGCUCUGUCUGUCAAAAAAGUUAUUAUGAUUCAAGUACCCUCAAAUAUCACAUGAAAACUCAUACAGGAGAGAAACCAUAUACUACUUGCUCUGUAUGUCAGAAAAGUUUUUCUGUCUCAGGUACCCUCAAAAAUCACAUGAGAACUCAUACGGGAGAGAAACCAUAUACUACUUGCUCUGUAUGUCAAAAAAGUUUUUCUGUUUCAAGUAAUCUCACAAAACACACGGAAAUUCAUACAUGAGAGAAAGCAUUCACUUGCCAAACAAUCUCAAAAGACACAAAAAUUUACACUAGAUAGAAACUGUAUAUUGCUUGAUCUCUGUCCAAGUAAUUUUUAUUAAAUGCUUUUAUAUAACUGCUGUAAUUUGAAUAUUGUUAAGAGAGAACUUAAGUAACAUUUGUAAGUGAAAAUUCGUUUGUCGUAAUUGUGGACAAGAAAAUGCUCUUUCUUCAUCGGGGGGGCAUCUUUUACUUUUGAACUCAGAUAAGCGCAGCAAGUUGAAAAUUAUUAUAUUUGCUUUAUGAGAAAAUGGAUUUUUGUUCCUACAUGUUAUACAAACCAUCGGUCCUUUACAUACAGAAUUACUUUCAGCGCCAGCUGGAACUCGGUUGUAAGAUUCUAUAACAAGGUAGUUAGGCAGUAACUGCUUGUCCGAUAAUCAGGAGUCCUGCCCGACUGGACGUAAACAUUCCACCUUUCCUUUCGACUGCCGUCAUGGGCAGACGUUCUCUCUCUGCCCGCUUCUGUCGUGAGAUCUCCAAUUUCUUUCUUGUUUUUUCUUUUGUAUAUAUUUGCGAUUAUUUGUAUAUUUGUGUGUUUGUAUGGAUAAUAUGCAAGCCCAUGAAUCAAAUAAGCCUACUCACCCCUCAUCUACAUGGUGAUUAUGCCCUGGAUUGGGGGCAGGAAAUGUUGAGCUUUCCGCUCCAAUGAAGAUGUUGACCCUCACGCCCUCUGUGCGAGAUGCCAAGAGCGGGAAUGUAACAGAACCGAUACCUGUGACACUUGUAUCUCUUGGUCGGAGGAGCAGUGGGGAGGAGAUACGAGGAUAAGAAGAAGCCCUCCUUCCCCUUUGGGGGACAUGUCUCUCUCUGCCUCUUCACUCGAUCUAUCGAGUGCAGAGGAAGGAGGGAGACACGCCGACCUGGAGUUGUACUCGGGAACUCCUUCCAUUAACCUGACUUGCUUCUUCAGGUUUGUCUGCCUCCGCGGGUGGGGAUCUGCAGCAGGUAUGGCGAACGUUGAAUCUUCCUGGCACUCCUACGAUACGGGGACAUCUUCACCAUCUCGCAGCAGUCCCAGUAACCCGCGUAGCUGAGUCAAGGACAGCGACAAUGCUCUUGACACCUGGUGUGCGGCACCACCACCACCUGUUCUAUGCACAGUAUAUUACUUCUGUAACCCUUUCUGCUGUGGUGCAAGCACCAGUGCCACAUACUUUGCAGGUGGAUUAUUUUCCACCUCCUCCUCCUCCUCCUCCAGGUUAUGCUGUCCUCGCUCCUCCAGACUUCAAGUACCUGAAGAGCUCGCCUCUAGACUUCCCUCCUGUCUCUGUUGGCGUACCUGUCACCCCUGUUCCUGCCCGUGGAAGUGCUGCUGCUUCAUCAGUUCCUCCUUCCCAGGUUGCGCUGGAGCCUGUUGCUUUGGCAGCCGCUGCAGCCCCGUCCUGGGUGGGGGAUCUUUCUGCUGUCCUGAGGAAGUUGGCGAAGAGGAAGUCCAAGAAGAAGAGGAAGGUGUCGUCGUCGUCUUCUGCCGCCUCCUCCAGUUCUUCCGAGGCUCCCCAGCUGAAGAAGAAGAAGGUGAUCUUGCCCCCCCUAGGAAGUCUCACUCAGGGACUUCUAAGGGCCUGUCGCAUCAUCCCGGUGAGACGGGUGGGCCUUCCACCGGUCCUCCCGUUCCCUCGGGAAUGGGAGCUGCCUCUCCUUCCUCAGGGAAGAGAAAGGCGGGGGACCGUAGAGGUACCAGCUGUUGCUGGUACCUCUGCUCCCAGCUCUAGAGGUUCCACCUCUGGACCGGGAACCAUCUCUGGUUCUCGCUAGCGAGUUUCUCCGAGUGUAUGGCCACCUGCCAGUGACCAUGCAGCCAGAGUCCAGGGUGCUGUGCACGCUCACCGCCAGGACUCCAGCGUGGGUGAUCAUUCAUGCAACGAUCAUCCGGUACCCAGGGUUGACGUGACGAGAGCGUAUGUGCCCGGUUCAGUCCUAGGACCCGAGAGGUCAUGUGCUCAAGUGGUUAGAGGAGAUCACGGGGUCUGAUGAGGUUCUUUCUUCUGAAGGAAGAGUGUCUCGGGAGGGGCUCGGCCUGGAUGGACCUGAUGGUCAAUCACCUCAGGACGUAGUCACCCCCGAGAUACAGAGGUCAUUUGCAGAGGUCAUCGCUCUAAUCCGUUGGCACAAUGACCUCGGGGAAGGAUCGUGGUUGCCCCCUCUGACCGUCCAUCAAGGUUAGAGUCAUUCUGGGGUCCAAAAAAGGAACCCAGAGCAUCCGUAGGGCUUCCUUGGUCUUCCUUGGCUGUCUGUGCUGGACCAGAUGAAUGCUCUUGUCUCAGGACAAGAAGCCUCGCUUAGGUCCGGCAGGUCAGACAAGUUGCUCCCCCCUCCUCUGCCUUUGUCGACCAAACGGGUUGACCUGGAGUUAGCCAGCCUAACUCUGGGCUUGUCUCUGCAACACCUGCUGUCGGAGAACCUCUGGUUCACGCACCAAGAGGCAGGGGCCCUGGAUUCUACCGCUAUGGCAGCCUUCCAGGCCAUCUCCUGGCUGGAUCUGUGGUCCCUCACAGUAUCCAGGGUCACAGCUUCUUCAGGACCUGUAGCUCCUGGAGAAGACUCAGCUUUUGGGAGACUUUGUCAGUCUGGAGGUAGGGCUAUCUCCUACCUGGCCCACCAGACUGCUAACCUAUGGGCCAACCUGGUGCUGAGGAGGAGGGACGCUGUCCUGAAUCGGGUAACCAGGGUGGCUGGUCACAAGUUGGCGAUGGGUCUAAGGAAUGGACCUAUGCUGGGUUCCUCCUCUCUCUUCCCUAGAGAGAUGGUGGAUGCUGCGGUGGAGAAACAGAGAGCUGAAGACAGCAACCAUACCAGGCAGUUACGAAGAUGUCUGGGCCGUCUCGUUCAACUGCAGCUAAGCCUCGGAGCUUAGCUAGCUCUUCCUCUGCCCCUAAGACUUCGGUACCGUUGAAGGGCUGCGUGGAAAGACUCAGCCUUCCUCCUUUGCUUCAAGAGGUGAGCGUCAGCCCCCUCCUCUGCAAAAUAAGGGGUAAGCGAAAGGGGGGUGCCUGGUGAGCCAUUGGGCAACAUGGCAGCGCUACGGAGCAGAGACCUGGGUAGUAGAUGUCCUUCGGGAGGGAUAUCUUCUCCAAUUCGAGUUGAGGCCACCCCUCACUUCCUGCCCAGUCCAUCAUCAGACAUAUGUUCCCGUCUCUGCCAAGGACAUAGCACUCAAGGAAGAGGUGCAAACGAUGCUGAGCAAGGGAGCUGUAGAAAUCAUGUGAGAACUGUCACUGGGGUUCUACAGCCGACUUUUCCUGGUGGAGAGAGUACGGAGGGCUGGAAACUUGAUAGAUCUCUCUCUGAACUGAUCGUUCGCCAGACUCAUGAUGGAAAUGACACGUUCCGUGGUCAAUUCUGUCAGGGAGAACGAUUUCAUGCUUUCGGUGGACCUGAAGGAUGCAUAUUUUCAAGUACCCAUCUAUCGGUCCUCCAGGAAGUACCUCCGCUUUAUCCUCGACGGGACGGUGUUCCAAUUCAGGGUCCUUUGUUUCGGACUCUCAACCGCCCCUCAGGUGUUCACGCGAGUGUUCACUCUGGUGUCGGCUUGGGGCCAUUCGGUCAGGAUACGUCUUUUCAGGUAUCUCGAUAAUUGGCUGGUCCUGGCAAUCUGUCGUUCGCAGUUGCUGCUGGACAGAGAUUGCCUUCUUGGCUUUUGUGGCGAUCUAGGGAUCGUGAUAAAUUUCGAGAAGUCGGAUCUCGAGCACAAGCAGAGAAUAAAGUACCGGGGCAUGCUGAUCGAUACGGUAGCAGCAUGAGUUUUCCCCACAGACUUGCUGAUCAGCAGGUUCAGGGAGGCAGCUCGUCGGUUUCUGUCACUACAGGAACAGCCAGUUCAGCUUUGGCAGGUCGUGAUCGGUCAUCUGUUGUCAUUAGAGAAGCUAGUCCCUCAUGGGCGUCUUCACCUAUGGUCUCUGCAAUGGAGACUGAAGGAGUGUUCGUCACAGGCACGGGACCCGUAAUCCUUUCUGGUUCCUCUCACGGAGGAAGUAAGGGAGGAUUUAACCCGGUGGCUGGACAACAGGAACCUCUUAAUAGGAGUGCAGUUGCGCACACCCCCUCCGGAGAUGCUUCUGUUCUCAGAUGCAUCGACUAAGGGUUGGGGCGCACACCUGGAGGAGUUGCUGGUUUCAGGUGUGUGGAAUUGACACGACAAGCACCUUCACAUCAACGUUCUGGAACUCAAGGCAGCGUUUCUCGCACCCCAAGAAUUUCGGGAACGGUUGAUGGGACUCACUGUGGUGUUGAUGAGUGACAACAUCACGGUAGUGGCGUACGUCAACAAACGGGGGAUUAGUGUCCCUCCCGUUGCAUCAGUUGACGAUGCAGGUGCACGAGUGGGCAGUGGCUCACUAGUAGAGCUGUCAGUCAGGUACAUUCCAGGCAAGAGGAAUGUAGUGGCAGACAGGCUCAGCUGCCAGAAUUAGGUGAUUGGGACAGAAUGGUCUCUAUACCCAGACGUGGCAGAUAGGCUGUUUGACUUGUAGGGGCGUCCAGUGGUGGGUCUGUUCGCCACCCGGCACAACAGAAAACUCAAGAUUUUCUUCUCCGUCGUGCCAGACCCAUGGGCAGCUGCAGAGGACGCGUUCCAACACCUGUGGGACAACCUCCAAGUGUACGCUUUUCCCCCAUUCUGUCUGAUCCGCAAGUUGAUCAGCAGGGCGCUGGUCACCAGCAACCUUCGGAUGAUUCUGGUGGCACCCAAAUGGCCUCAGGCUGUUCGGUAUCCGGACCUGCUGGCUCUUCUCUCGGAGGCGCCAUAAGAGAUUCCCCCAUGGCACAACCUGCUGUGUCAACUGCUUGUGGAACGGUACCACCAGGCAGUACAUUCCCUGUGUCUUCACGGCUGGCAGUUAUCCACCAUCUCUUGCAAGCGAGAGGCUUUUCUCGCUGAGCAGCAACAGAGAUGGCAGGAUACCUAAGACAGUCCUCUGCAGCAGUAUAUCAGGGAAAGUGGCCCGUCUUCUGUGGUUGGUGUCGUAGAUGGGGUCUCUCUCUGCUCAGAGCCAUUCUUCAGCAGGUAGCGGAUUUCCUAGUCUUUCUUCGCUGAGAGGAGCUCUUCUUUGUCUCUGCAGUUAAAGGAUAUAGAGCUGCUUUGGCUUAGUCCUUAAGCUGCGAGGGGUGGAUAUUUCCUCUUCCUUGGAAGAGGAAAAUAUGAGGAGCUUUGAGCGGUCUUGUCCACCCAGAGAACUCAAGCCCCCUGGGUGGGACAUGACUCUCGUCUUAAGGAGUUUGACUCGUAGACCCUACAAGCCUCUCCUUGAGUCGUCAGACAGGGAUCUGACGCUCAAGACCAUCUUUCUGCUGGCCCCGGCAUCGGCGAAGAGAGUAGGGGAACUUCAUGGUCUCUCGUUUAAUGUUAGCCACUCAAGAGGAUGGGGAUUAGUUAUGCUCGAUUUCGUCCCGGUUUUUGUAGCGAAGACUCAGAAUCCCUCGGUCCCUGACGUCAGGUUCGAGUCCUUCAUGAUCCCCUCUCUAGAGGACUUUACUGGUAAUGAUAUAGAAGAGAUGCUACUUUGUCCUUUUAGAAUGCUACGGCAUUAUCUGAAGAGAACUUGCCAUCUCAGGUCUGAGUGUCAACGCCUCUUCAUCAGCACCGGGGUAACCAAGAAUGAAGUGCCCAAGAACACUAUUUCUUUCUGGCUUCAUGAGGUGAUCAGGAAAGCGUACGACUCCAAGAGGAAUGCCGACACCAGUACCUUUCGUCCUAGAGCCCACGAAGUUAGAGGUAUUGGUCCAACCCUUGCAUUCCGCAAGAACUUGUCAGUUGCACAGGUGCUGAAGGCAGGGGUGUGGUCCAACCAGACCACCUCCACCUCCUUCUACCUUCGGGAUAUUGCCCACAGGUCCUUGGACACUUUUUCCUUGGGACCUGUGGUGGCUGAUCAACAAGUUGUGUAGCUUACCCAGCUCCUCUAACGGGACAAGGUUGCAUCCAUUCCUUGUGGUAACCAUAUGAAUGGAGAGUGAAUGAGAGUGUGACUUGCUUCUCUUCCUUCUUCUCUCUUCCUGCAGGCAGAGAGUGUCGGUCGUUACAUGCUGGAAAGGGCGAUGAUGCAGGUAAGCUCAUGCUGGAAAGGGCGAUGAUGCAGGUAAGCUAUGUGACUGAGCUCCCUUUCAUUGGAUAGAAGCAGGUAUCCGUCCCUUCCCUAGCAAGGGAGGAAGUGGACAGCAGUAAGAGACAAACCCAAUGCUAUAUAUUUGGCCUCUUACAUACGACUAUAAGUACUUGUUUGCUAUUCAUAAGAGGUACACAUGCCUCCCUCUUAUGAUUAGCAAUUGGUCUUGCAGUGAUCUCACUCUGAUCAUUUGGACAAUGAUCAGAGGCAAGGAUCGCCCCCUUGCUCUUACGACCAGGGAGAGAGCCUUGGUUGGGUGAACACCAGUCUGUUCACAAGACUCAGAUUCCUCCCACCAAUCAGUGAGUCUUCCUUAUGUAAAGGACCGAUGGUUUGUAUAACGUGUAGGAACAAAUCACAAUUUUUGAAAGUAAAUUGUAUUUUUCCUAACUAUACAAACCUGAGGUCCUUUACAUAUAGGCCCACCUCAUGCCACCCCUCAAUCUGUUCCUGGGCCUAAAGCAAAGUGGAAUGUUUACAUCCAGUCUGGCGGGACUCCCGGCUAUCAGACAAGCAGGUACGUACUGUCUAACUAUCUUGUUAUGGAAUCUUAUGAACGAGUUCCAGCUGGCGCUGAAAGUAAUUCCUUAUGUAAGGGACCUCAGGUUUGUAUAGUUAGGAAAAAUACAGUUUACUUUCAAAAAUUGUAAUUUUUGUUAUAUUCAUAAGAUUAUUGGUUAAUAACCACUGGUUCUUAGAUACAACACUGAAUCACUUUACUAUUUUAAUGUCAUGUUGGUAUUUUUACAAUUUCAAAUGUUUUAGGCAACUGAUUGUCCAGUUGAGACCAAUUCAUUUGUCAGUGUUAUCAAUAAAUCUGUUGAGGGAACACUGAGAAAGAAGGAGAGUUCUAGCUUACUGUUUCUGAUCACAAGGACAAUUUUUUUUUUUUGACAUUAUGAAUUUAUUUUUGCUGACAGAACCCUGGUUUUGGUCUCAGUAGUAGUUUUGUGAAAGCAAUGUAAUUUAACUUUCCAGUGACUGACAUGUUUAUGCAAUUUGUGUCUGGUAUUUUGUUCAUAAACAGCAGGAAAAUCAGGUAGUAUUAUUUUUCCUUAAACAGACAUAUUUGGUUUUCAGAGAUAUUAAGAUAAAAUACAAUGGGCUUCAAAAGGUUUUGGUUCUUCAAAGAUGUCCAGGCCCAGCGUCAGUGGCGAUUCUAGGGGGGGGCAGCUGCCCUCCCAGAUUUUGGCCAUGCCCCUGGCUUGCCCCACCACUUUUUCAAUGAAGUAUAUAUAUAAAAUUAAUCAUUAUUGAAUAUAACAAUAGCCACUAACUAGUCACACAGCAUGAUUUGGUUAUACGUAUUGCUAAUACUCAUAUUAAGUGAAUCAGUAAAUAUACAGGAAAUGUCAAACUGAACCUUUUCAGAAUUGUCAUGACAUGCCCCAUGUAUAUCUGUUCAUUUCAUAUAGUUACUUCCUUUCUUUAUUUGGUUCAAAUGUGUAUUAUAUUUAUACAUAUUAUCCAUUCUUCAAGGUUUGCGUAUUGUUUGGAAGUGUAUAUAGUUUUGAAUGUUAAAUUUUCAUAUAUCAUGCAAGUCAGGUUAAAUAUCAGAUGGAUGCUUUACAGUUGUUUUGCUUAGGAAUCAAACAAAAUUCUAUAUGAACCUUUACCUUUAGUGAAAUUCAUUCCUCCAUGAGUUUCAAAAUAUUUCCAAAAUUGUAAUUAUUUUUAGUCACCUUUCCUAUGAUGCCCACCCAACAAUUAUCUUUGCCCAAGAGUUGGCCCCCCACUUUUUGAGGGGUAGAAUUGCCACUGCCCAGCGUCCUGCCACGAAAUAUAGGUUCAUAGAAAGGGACUUAAGACAGUGACUAGGACCCACAAAAAAGUGAAGUAUAUCUUAGGUUUUACACUGAGCUGAUUGAUUGACAGCUCUCCUAGGGCUGGCCCCGAAGGAUUAGAUUUGUUUACGUGACUAGGAACCAAUUGGUUUCUUAGCAACAGGACCUACAGCUCAUUGUGUGAUCCGAACGACAUUAUAUCAAGAAAUGAAUUUGUGGUAACCAGAAAUAAAUUCUGCUGAUCAGCCGCUGGAAGCUACCUCAGGCUACCAGAUUGAUAGUUGAAUACGUGACCCCCACUCAUCCAGUGAGGAACAGAAUAGAGCCCACAGGAUUG